GCACAUGGUCGCUAUCAGGUCGCUAUGCACCAGCAUAGGGUUCACUUUAAGUUUGAGAUGUAGGUUCUACUUUCUGCCACAUCACCACUCGACUAUCUUUUUUUUUUAUUGGGUGGAAGCGUGGAGACAGCCAAUGCAAGGGAGAAUAUACUGAUGAUAAAAUAUAUUUUGUAUGCUAUUUUAACACUUAAUUAUGGUUGGUUUAAUUGAAGUUAGCGAGAAAUAAUUCUGGUGGGACUUUUCUGAAAUACGGAACUUUGAAGUGAAGUGACGUCACAACCUUUUUCAUUGCACCUCUGCAUGGGUCUAGCAGCAUGACUACCGCUCCGCCACCACAAGUUAAACGAGGAAUUGUUAAACAGGUCCUCUCCGGAGAUUCUGUUAUAAUCCGGGGUGUACCCAAAGGUGGACCUCCACCAGAAAAGCAGAUAAAUCUGUCCAAUAUCACUGCCCCAAAAUUGGCCAGGAGGGCUAUUGGAAGUGGUGAUGAAACCAAAGAUGAACCAUAUGCAUGGGAUGCCAGAGAAUUUCUAAGGCGGAAGAUAAUUGGAGAAGAUGUGCUAUUUACUGUAGAAAAACCGCCGAAUUCCCCAAGAGAAUAUGGAGUUAUUUAUUUGGGAAAAGAUACGGCUACAGGGGAGAACCUGACGAAGAAGCUGGUGGAGGAAGGGCUGGUGUCGGUGCGGCGGGAAGGAGUGAGGAUCAGCCCCGAGCUGCAGGAGCUCAUCGCGCUGGAGGACCAGGCCAAGGCCGCGGGCAAGGGCAAAUGGGCGGCAACUGGGGCGCAGGAGCACGUCCGGGACAUCAAGUGGUCUGUGGACAACAUGCGCAACUUCGUGGACAAGUGCGGGGGCAAGCCGAUGAAGGCUGUCAUCGAGCAUGUGCGCGACGGCUCCACCGUCAGAGCUUUCCUCCUGCCCGACUUCUACUACAUCACACUGAUGAUCUCUGGGAUCAGGUGUCCAGGAUUCAAGCUUGAUGCAGAGGGAAAACCUGACCCAUCUGCAGUAGUGCCUUAUGCAGAGGAAGCAAAGUUCUUUGUGGAGUCUCGCCUGCUCCAUAGGGAUGUGGAGAUAGUCCUAGAAUCUGUAAACAACAAUAAUUUUGUGGGCAGCAUCAUUCAUCCAAAAGGUAACAUUGCGGAAGCUCUGCUUCAAGAGGGCUUCGCCCGGUGUGUGGAUUGGUCCAUUGCGUUCAUGAAGACCGGUGCAGAUAAGCUGAGAGCAGCAGAGAAACAGGCGAAGGAUGCUAAAAAGAGAUUGUGGAAGGACUACCAAGCUUCUGGUCCACAGGUGACGGGCAAAGACAAGGAGUUUAGCGGGACGGUGUACGAAGUUGUGAACGGCGAUGCCCUUGUGAUAAAGCUGGCAGACGGGACUCUGAAGAAAGUCUUCCUUGCUAGCAUCAGGCCACCUAGGCCUGUGGACGAAAAGCCAGGCGAGCCUCUACCUCCUCGACCGAAGGGUUCCAGGCCGCUGUACGACAUCCCGUGGAUGUUCGAGGCACGAGAGUUCCUCCGGAAGAAGCUUAUUGGCAAGAGAGUGAAUGUUGUGGUUGACUACAUCCAGACAGCAAAGGACAACUUCCCAGAGAAAGUCUGUUGUACAGUCACCAUUGGUGGAGUAAAUGUUGCUGAAGCUAUGGUGAGCAAGGGGUUGGCGACAGUGGUGAGAUAUCGCCAGGAUGAUGACCAACGCUCUUCACAUUACGACGAACUGAUGGCUGCGGAGAUGAAGGCCCAGAAGUCUGGCAGUGGCUUGCAUUCAAAGAAGAACAUACCCAAUCACAGGGUGGCUGAUGUUGCUGGGGAUGUUACAAAGGCGAAGCAGUUUUUUCCUUUCCUGCAGCGCGCAGCCAGAACAGAGGCUGUGGUAGAGUUUAUUGCGAGUGGUUCUCGCCUCAGACUCUUCAUACCAAAGGAGACGUGCCUUGUUACCUUCCUACUCGCAGGCAUAAGCUGCCCCAGAGGAGCUCGCCCGGGCCCCGGCAAUGUGGGCACGAUGGAGGGGGAACCUUUUGGUGAAGAAGCAUUAGCAUUCACGAAAGACAAGUGCCUGCAGAGGGAAGUGGAGAUACACGUGGAAUCCAUGGACAAGGCUGGCAACUUCAUUGGGUGGCUGUGGGUGGAUGGCACCAACCUCUCCGUUGCCUUGGUCGAGGAAGGUUACGCAACUGUUCACUUCUCUGCAGAGCGCUCUGACUACUACCGCGCUCUCACAGUUGCAGAGGAUUCUGCUAAAGCGAAGAAGUUGAGGAGGUGGAAGGAUUAUGUGGAGAACCACGAAGAAGAGGAGAAGAAGGUGGAGGAGGACAAGGUGGUGGAGCGGAAAGUGGACUACAGAAAGGUGAUGGUGAUCGAGACAACGCCUGAGCUUCACUUCUAUGCCCAACUGGUGGAGCAGGGCUCCAAACUAGUGGCUCUGAUGAACAACCUCCAGCAAGAAUUUACUACCAACCCGCCCCUGGCCGGGGCGUACACACCAAAACGGGGUGAUAUUUGUGCUGCCAAGUUCCACGAGGAUAACCAGUGGUACCGUGCGAAGGUCGAGAAGGUGUCUGGCUCUCAAGUUCUGGUGUUCUACAUAGACUACGGCAACAAGGAGUCGGUGGGCGUGACCGACUGUGCCGCUCUGCCGUCAGGCUUCACCGGCGACAAGGGAUACGCGCAUGAGUACGCUCUGGCGUGCGUCACGUUGCCUAAAGAUCCGGAGUACAGGGACGAGGCGGUGCGGGCCUUCUCCAGUGACACGGUGAACCGCACCCUGCAGCUGAACGUGGAGUACAAGAUAGGCAACCUGCAGCACGUGACGCUGGUGGACCCCGGCACGGAGGAGGACGUGGCCAAGGCACUCAUCACGGACGGGCUGCUCUUGUGCGAGUCCCGCAGGGAGAAAAGACUCCAGAAGUUGGUAUCGGAGUACAAGGCUGCGCAAGAGGCUGCCAAGAAAGCCCACUUGAACAUGUGGGAAUAUGGGGAUGUGACUGAAGAUGAUGCCAAGGAGUUUGGUCUUUGAGUAUUAAGUCUGUCGAGUAAAUAUUUGUAUGAAAAAUAAAACUCAUCUUCCCACAGCUGGGGGGUAGGGCUGCAAAACAACAAAGUGUCAGUUGUAACUCUGGGAUUUACAAAUUAAAGUUUUUGCUAACAAUAUCAUUGAUCAUGCCACAUACUGAAAGAGUAAUGGUAUCAUUUCAUCAUUAGAGAAAUUGCGACUGAGUAACAACACAAUUUUUCAACCACUUAUUACAUAAAAAUUAUGAUGUUUAUAGAUUUGGGAUAUAAUUUCCAGCUAUGGUUGCGUUGAAUUAGCAUUGCAUUCUUGAAUACCUAGAUUAAUAUGUUUAUGGGCGUGCAGAGUGCGAGGGUAAAAAUAUCUUGUACUUUAAUAAGUUUGAAAUUGAACAAAAAAUGGUAAUUAAUGGUAAAAUGUUUUCUCUUAGGUCAUUGGUGUGGUGUGGAUGUUAUAAGUGCCGUGAUAUAACACUGUUGUCAGCAUUUACUGGUGGUUUUUGUGAUCAGGUAGAUAGUUCUCAUUCACACACAAUUGUUGCAGUUUCGUAAUCUGCAGUUCAUUUGAGGGACUGAAUGUUUUGAAUGGUCUUCAUGAAUGUGCUGGGAGAAUGCAAUGUUGUCCCUUGACCCCCUCUGCAAGCCGUGCAUUCUAAACUUACAUAAAAUUGAUUCAUUAAAUGAAUCAACUAUACUUGUUUCCAAAGUUUUUUUUAUAGUUUAACAUUUUUCCUAGGUCCAAUUUUCUGAUGAGGCUUUUAUUUACUAAAAUAAGUUUUACUUAUAAACUUUAUACUUUAAGUUCUUACUAAUAAAUAGUUAUGUUCAAAUGAUAGUCAUGUGUAACUAUUUUGUGAUUACUAAUUAGUUUAUAUAUUUUGGGUAAAUUCUACAAGUCUCAUAAAAUUUUUAUAUUACAUAUUUUAUAAAACAUAAUUCUUUGUUUGCCUAUUCUGCUACCUCUAUUGACAUUCUGAUUUAAUUUUUUUUAUUGAUUGUCAUUUCCUAAUUGGUCAAUCUGUGUUCCUUCUGAAUUUGUAAAACAAAAUUAAUGGUAUUUUGUGAUUUAGAAUAGCAAAUAAGUAUGGAUUUGCUGGUAUUAUAGGAAAGAAGAUUGUUUGAUCAUUAAGAAUGUAUUGAUUAAUAUAGCCACAUAAUUUUUUUUUAGAUAGUAGCUCAUACGUUUCUUGUUUAGGAAAUAUAAUGUAAAUUACAAUGUGAAUUUAAAAAGUUCUAAAUAUUUUAUCAGAAAAAUGGGCGGGUUAAACUUAACACUUCUUAUUUUUUGUGUAGCUUGUAGCAAGGUUAGGUUUUUCAUAAUGUAUGAGAAUACACAAACAGGCUUAAGAAUUAAUGAAUAUUACUGUUUUUCUUGGAGUAUUUACUAAUUAUUUUUGUCUUUUUUAAAGUUUGUCAUUUUGUUGGUUUACGUGCAUAGUGUUAGCACAAUUAUUGUUUUGUGUCAUUUUACAAUUUGCAUGUGUAUUGCAAAGUUUUUCUCUUUUGUGGAAUUCGAGAGCUUCGCAAGACAACAGUAUGUAGAUCUGUUGGUUGUAUUGCAUCGUUAAUGGUUAAAUUAAUUGUCCUGGUUGUUACUCUUAAGUAAAACUCCUUUCUUACGUUUCCAUGUUUAACACUUUCCUGUAUUUUACGAUUUUUUCCUGGAGUCCCAUGUAAUGUUCAUAGAGAGUAAAUUUUCCAUCUUUUACACUAUUUUUCAAUUUUUCCCUUGUGAUUGAAAAAAAAAUUUGGCCUCAUCGUCAUCAUAUUUGCAUGUUUUUCUAUUUUGAAUUGUGUUGAAUGCUUGUGGUGAUUAGAGACAUAAUGUUUAUUUCUAUCAAACUUAAUAAUGCAAGCAAGAUACCACUUGUGUUUGUGAAGCUUUGGCAGUAUUAAUUAUGAGUGUGAUAUACUAAAUGAAGAACAUUAUAUUGUCUCUUGUAAUACAUCAUAAAUUAUACUUACGUAUGCUACCAAAACUGGAAAUUAAAUUCAUCUCAUAAUAAUAUUUUUCUCAUUUCUAUAUCAUUUUUAUAAAGGUAAAUUAUUAGAUAACUUUGAUGAACACACUACAAAUAUUAACAUUUUUAAUACAUAUUCAAAAUGAUGCAAUAAAUGUGGAGUAAGAGAUUUUUAGUGAAAAAGUUGGUUUGUGCCAAAAUUUAACUUAUGUUUAUAGUUUUGGAAAAAACCAUAUUUGAAUAUCUGUUGUUAGCUAUAAAUGUUUGGCAUUCAAGAGAGAGUGAAAGUGUAAAACAUAUUCUCGAGUAUGUAGUCAAAAGAUUAAGAGAAAAAACAUAUUGUUGGUAAUUAAUUGUGUAAGCUAAAUGUCAUGUCUAUACAGUGCCUUGGAUGUUCGUUAAUAAUGCAUGGUACGAGUAAUUACUGUUGGUUUUGUUGUUUUAUUCUUGUUAAAUGUGUGAGCAAUCGUUGCAGUAAGUCUCACAAAAUUAGCUUGUUUUGCACAUUAGAAUUAUUUUAAUUCCUCAGUUUUACACUUUCCUGAUAUUCUUAUUUUUUUCUGGCUACUUGAAAAAUUGUAAGAAAGGUGUUUCACUGUAGAUGAAUUAAUACUGUGUACUAGUAUGAUAUUACAUUGUUGUUAUUUUUGUUGGCUCUAGUGUUUAACACUUGUAAUUGUAAGUGUACCUUGCAUGCAUCAUAAGAUCCUUUAUUUUUUAUUUUCGCCUAACAUUCACUGCCUCUUAAUUAAGUGCAAUGAUUUGUGCCCUUGUUGAUAUAUUUUAAUAACAGAAUAUUUAUUUCAGGCUGACUUAUCAUUUUGUGAUAAGUGUUGAUUUUAAUUGUUUGUUAUAGCAAACUUAUAGACUAUAUUUUGCUAUUGUAAUUUUGGUGCAUAUUGUUUUUCAUCCACAUAAAUACAAGUUUCGCAAUGAGUUUAAUUAGAAUUUGUAUGAAACAUCGUUAAAAAUCAAUACACUUACUAUAGCAUAUUAAACAUAUACUACUGAACAAUUGUGUGUGAGCCGAAAUGUGCAGAAAGAAAUUGUGUGUACGUAUUAUGUUUUUAAGGUAUACAUGUUCUAUAUAUGAAAGAUUAAGUUUUCUUGCUCAAUUUUUUUCCAGGAUCUGUGAAUAACUGAGUGUGCUUUGCAUCAAAAUAUGCAACGUCAUUCAUUAUUUACUAGAGUGUAUUUUACCAUAUUUUUAACUGUUUUAAGAUAUUAGUGUGACUGAACAAAAUGUUUACAAGCCAAUGUGUCAGUAAACAAAUCAACCUUUUUUGUGCAUAGGUGAGUGGAAGGGAGUACAGUAUGUGAAUUAUAUCACGUGUUCGAUUAGAAUGCAGUUCAAGGUUAAAGAAAGUUCCCAUUUGGAUCUCAUUUGGUGGUUUAUUUUUUUUGCUUCAUAUUUACAUUAUACAUAUCUUCCUCAUGUCUCGUUAUACAACCUUAAAAUAUAUUUAUGCAGAUAUUUUGGUUAGAAAUGAUCAGAUUCAUAGGGGUAUGUGAUUAGAUUGUUUUUUUUUUUUUAAAUGUGUUGCAUUUGACUCUAUGCAACAUGUGGCAUAGCAAUUGCUCUUCCAGCUGCCUAUUAUGCAGCCGAAAUUUGCUCUGCUUGCAAACUGUGCUGCAGACCAAGUAAUUUUCCAGCAUUGAAGUAUUGUUUUUUGAAUAUAUUACAAGUGGAUAACACUCAUGUGAAACUGGUACUUGGACUUUGACUGAAACUGUUAUCAUAUAUUAAUAUAUAAAUAUUUUUGUCUAUAAACAUAGAAAGUUUUUUUUUUGUUGGAUUUCAGAAUAUAUGUUGCAGUUAAAAACAUGAAGAUUUUUUUUUAUAAAAUUUUGGCAAACUUACUUGUGGAUGUGGGAACUGUUGAAACAGAUUACCAAUAAAGUUGUUUUGAGAAAA